AUGGCCGAAACAAACUUUGAAGUCGAGCUAGAUGAUGAACCCUCCAUUCCAACAGGCGAUCAACUUGAUAUCCAAGAACCUAUUUUAAGUAAAAACGAAUUAUACGCAUGGUACCUUUACGCCUUUGCAUGUGAGGUUUAUGCGGUAGUAUCAUUAACAAGUUUUAUACCCCUUAUUUUAGAGCAGUUUUCAUUUGAAAAAGGGGUAUUAAACACUGACCACACGAUUCCCUGUAAUAAUUCUACUGCUUUCUCUAUCUCAGAAGAAGUACGAUGUGUGGUGAAUGUCUUUGGAAUCUGGGUUGACACGGCUUCGUAUAGUUUGUAUACGUACGCAUUUAGUGUGGUCUUGCAAGCCAUUACAGCCAUAUCAAUUGGUGCAACUGCAGACCACGGGGCAAUGCGCAAAACUCUGCUCUUGAGCUUUGCCUUUGCAGGAAGCGUUUCAGCAAUGUUAUUCUUAUUUGUUACCCCUAGUUUGUUCUUACUUGCUGGAGUUUUCACGAUUGUCGGAAAUGUUUGUUUCGGCGCAUCAUUUGUAUGUUUUAAUGGAUUUCUGCCGGUAUUGGUUAGAAACCAUCAGGACGUAAGGAAAAUUUCUAGUCAAAUUAGAUCAUACAUUGCCAAAAAGAACUAUACACCGUCAGAUGAAGGGAAUCAUAAUUUGGAAGAGGAUCAUAAUAAUUUCGAAGAAGCAAGUCUCCUAGCAACCCACAAUCAACAAUCGUUGGAUCCAGAACUAUCCAAGCUUUCAGAGGAUCUAGAAAAAGAGAAAGAUCGUAUUUCUACACAUAUAUCCACGCGAGGUUUUGCCUCUGGUUAUUUCGGUGGGAUUAUACUCUUGAUAGUCUGCUUGAUCAUCUCGUUUCUUUUGAAUUCUACGGUAUUUAGUUUGCAAAUUGGAGUAUUCUUGUCAGGAGCGUGGUGGUUUUUAUUUUCCUUGUUGGUUAUUAAGUGGUUAAGACCUAGGCCAGGGCCACCAUUGUACCUGGAUAAUGGAAGAAAAGUUGGAUGGUUCGAUUAUAUUAUAUUUGCAUGGACACGAUUAUGGAGAACGGUGAGACACGCAAAAAAGUUGGAAAUGUCGUUUAGAUUUUUGGUGGCCUGGUUCUUUAUAUCAGAUGGAUACACCACGAUAACUUCAGUAGCUUUGCUGUUUGCCAAAACCACAUUACACGUCCCGGAUACUGGUCUCAUAAUUAUAGCCUUAAUAGUUCCGGUGGUAGGAUUGAUAGGAGCUAUUCUAUUUCCAAAGAUACAAAAGCAGUUUGAUCUUACAACCAAACAAACGAUAAUACUACUGAACAUUAUGUUGUUAUGCAUACCAAUUUAUGGUUGCCUGGGAUUUGUACUGCCGGUGGGAGGGUUAAGGUCGGCACAUGAACUGUAUUUCUUGGCAGCGUGGUUUGGCUUUGCGAUUGGGGCUAUACAAAGUUACUGCAGAACUUUGUUCGGCGAACUGGUUCCUCGUGGACGCGAAACAGAAUUUUUUGCAUUAUAUGCAGUUACAGAUAAGGGAUCUAGUUGGCUGGGACCGACCAUGGUGGCAAUCAUUACCGAUACCACACAUGAAAUCAGAUAUGGUUUUGCUAUACUACUCAUCCUCCUUUUACUCCCCAUUCCAAUUCUAUUGUCAGUUGAUGUCAUUAAAGGCAAAGCCGAUGCGGCAAAAUCAUCCGAGAACGAAGAUUAA